AUCGACUUCCCCGUUGUUUUGAACGAUUUUAAUCCCCUGCCAGAGAUCUAUCUUUUCAAGUUAAUUUUUAUAUUUUUUUGUAAAUCAAAGUUUUACUUUUGGUUUUAUUUCAUUACAACAAUGUCGGAAGCAGCACGAAGAAUGGGCAGCGAGGAGGUAGCGUUUUCUUCCUUGCAGAAAUCUGAAAAUGGAACCGGACACGUGGAUCUGGAAAAGGGCGAUGCUAUGUUAUUUCGGGACGGGUGCAGCACAACUGCGGCACUGCUUGACGAAAACAACGGGGGAAAAUAUGAGCAAGAAAAUCCUGACGAACAUGAAGUAGACCACCACUCCUGUAUUCAAAGACGUUCCGGGCUUCUGAUCACGCUUCUUGCUUGUGCCACGGUUAUUUUCGCCGCUGCUUUCGCUGUUUUCUUGUGUCUCUACAACAGAGUCCCGAUAUCGGUCCGGACCGACCAGUUGCCUCUGGACGCGCCGAGCGAGAU